AUGCAAGUGUCAAAUGAUAGCCAUCAGUCAACGAAGAGGGAGUAUCGACGUGGGAUAUCAAGAUCAACGUUUACUCAAACCACGACUCAGUGGAAAGAGAACCGGCUUCUCCAGCGCUUUGCCGAAAUGACACCGGCCCUUGGCCACGUAUGCGAGUUCCACGACGGAGAGCACUACCACCAUCCAGAUCUCGUCGAUCAAGACGACCUCCGGGCUGAGUUCGCCCUUGCCAUGUCGGCCAUGUACAAGCAAGAAGUCCCGCUAUAUGGUGAUCUUGUGCAAAUCGUCCGAGAAGUCAACCAAGCUGUGAUUGAGGAAGGUAACACAGCUAACAGAGCUUUUGAGGAAGAACGCCUUGACCUGGAGGGCCAUGGUGCCAUCAGAUUGGGCUCAGAACAGGAACUCAGGGUGAUUCGCAGAGUCUUUGCACUCAUCGGGUUGUAUCCAGUGGGGUAUUAUGACCUUUCUGUUGCAGACCUGCCUAUGCACGCAACUGCCUUCCGACCGGUCUCACAACGGGCUCUUGCGCGCAACCCAUUUCGAGUCUUCACUACAAUUUUACGUCCGAACCUACUGGAGCCUCGGUCACGCGAACUCGCACUUUCCAUGAUUCUCCGUCGCAAGAUAUUCACCGACCAGCUCCUCGACCACAUUGAGCAGGGCGAGGCACAUGGUGGAUUUACUCGCAUUCAAGCCUCGUCGUUCAUUCACGAGGCCUUGAACACGUUCCGUUGGCAACACUCUGCCGCGUGUUCAUUCGAAGAUUACCAAACACUCAAGUCGGAACAUCCUAUCCUAGCAGAUAUCUCUUGUUUUGGAACAGCACAUAUCAAUCACUUAACACCCCGGACGCUGGAUAUUGAUCGCGCGUACACUCUCAUGAAGUCUCGAGGUCUCAAAGUCAAAGACGGUAUUGAGGGGCCACCACGUCGAUCUGUGCCAGUCUUGCUGCGACCAACCAGCUUCUUGGCAUUGGAAGAACGCACGCUCUUCAGGGGUCGGGGUGGUCUUGCGACAGCGGUCUUCCAAGGCAUGCACAAAGCCCACUUUGGUGAAAUCGAGCAGCGUGGUGCCGCCGUAACGCCCAAAGGACGUUCCCUCUACGACGCGGUCCUGGCAGAGGUUAGCCACUUUGACUGGGUGAGCGAUUUCAAUGCUCGUCUGCCUGAUAAUUGGAAUGAUCUGCUUGAGCAGGGAUUGGUCUACUGUCUUUAUCGUGUUCAGAAGACCGACCUUUCCCAGGGUUUCAACAGAAUUGCGCGUGCUGAGCCUGUUUCUGUACAGCAGCUACUCAAGGACGGAAUUCUAGAGGCUAUUCCACAAACAUACGAAGAUUUUUUACCUAUUUCUGCAGCGGGCAUAUUCCGAUCUAAUCUAUCAGAGAGUGGCAGCAGCGAAUCUAGCCAUUUCAGCAAUGCAAGCAGUGGGACUGCGGAGAGGAAGCCUGACAUGGAGCACGAUCAUCAGUUCCCCAAAGGCAACUGGAGCUUUUCCGAUCAGGAUGGGUUUGAAGAGGCUCUUGGGUGUAAGGUCAUGGAUCCGUAUCAGUGGUAUGCGAAUGCACAGGGGGAAAGUCUGCAGGAAUGUUCGAGGAUACUUGGACUCGCUAUCAGUGAACGUGUAUAA